UUAAUUAAUUCAUAGUGUACUAUCCUCUUCACCACCUUCUUCUACCCUCACUCUCUCUCUCUCUCUCUCGCUCGCUCGCUCUCUCAUUCUCUCUGUUUGCGAUCUGAUUCGGUUCCAUGGCUUCCACUCUCGGCGACAAUUUCAGCCUCCUCUCGCCGAAACAGCAAGAGCUGGCGAAGAUGCUGUUGGAUAAUGGCCAAGAGCACGUGUUUCGUGAUUGGCCGGGUCCCGGCGUCGACGACGACAAGAAGAAAGCGUUCAUCGAUCAGGUGACUCGGCUGGAUUCUAGUUACCCUGGCGGCUUGCAAGCUUACAUUAAAAACGCUAAACAACUCUUAGCUGAUUCUAAGGCUGGCAAGAAUCCUUUUGAUGGCUUCACACCUUCGGUUCCAACGGGUGAAACCUUGACAUUUGCCGAUGAGAACUUCAUAAAAUACGAGGAGGUGGGUGUUCAGGAGGCUCAGAAAGCUGCCUUUGUUCUUGUCGCUGGCGGUCUUGGGGAGCGCCUUGGAUAUAGUGGGAUUAAGGUUGCUCUUCCUGCGGAAACCACUACUGGGACAUGCUUCUUACAGCAUUACAUUGAAUAUAUAUUGGCACUUCAAGAAGCCAGCUCACAAGGUAAAAACCAGACACAGAUUCCUUUUGUUAUUAUGACAUCUGACGAUACCCAUGGGCGUACCUUAGAAUUAUUAGAAUCAAAUUCUUACUUUGGUAUGCAGCCCAAACAAGUAACGCUUUUGAAGCAGGAAAAAGUUGCAUGCUUAGAAGAUAAUGAUGCCAGGCUUGCAUUGGAUCCUCAAAACAAAUACCAAAUUCAGACAAAACCACAUGGCCACGGAGAUGUGCAUUCUCUUCUCUAUUCCAGCGGUAUUCUGAAAGUAUGGAAUGAGGCUGGGUUGAAGUGGGUUCUCUUUUUUCAAGAUACAAAUGGACUUCUCUUCAAGGCAAUUCCAUCAGCACUAGGCGUAAGUGCUACUAAACAGUACCAUGUCAACUCUCUUGCUGUACCUCGGAAAGCAAAAGAAGCCAUUGGUGGAAUUACCAAACUCACUCACUCUGAUGGGAGAUCUAUGGUCAUAAAUGUGGAAUACAAUCAGCUAGAUCCUCUUCUGAGAGCAAGUGGAUACCCUGAUGGAGAUGUCAAUGCUGAGAAUGGCUACUCUCCCUUUCCAGGAAAUAUAAACCAAUUGAUUUUAGAACUUGGUCCUUACAUUGAAGAACUCUCAAGAACAGGAGGUGCUAUAAAGGAGUUUGUUAAUCCAAAAUAUAAAGAUGCCAGCAAAAAUGAAUUUAAGUCCUCAACCCGACUAGAAUGUAUGAUGCAAGACUACCCAAAAACACUUCCCCCAUCAGCCAGGGUUGGAUUCACAGUGAUGGAUGCUUGGCUUGCUUAUGCACCUGUGAAGAAUAAUGCUGAAGAUGCUGCCAAGGUGCCAAAAGGAAAUCCAUACCAUAGUGCAACAUCUGGGGAAAUGUACAUCUACCGUGCGAAUAGCCGUAUUCUCAAACAGGUUGGUGUCCAAGUAGCUGAUCCAGUAGUGCAGGUUCUCAAUGGGCAAGAGGUUGAAGUUUGGCCCCGCAUCACUUGGAAGCCAAAAUGGGGUCUGACCUACUCUCGGAUCAAGAGCAAAGUUAGGGGAAAAAGCUCUAUUUCCCAGAGGUCUACUCUGGCGAUUAAGGGUCAGAAUAUUUUUAUUGAAAAUCUGUCCUUAGAUGGGGCUCUUAUCAUUGAUGCCGUUGAUAAUGCGGAGGUUAAUGCAAGUGGUUCAGUUCAGAACAAAGGUUGGACCCUUGAAACUGUCGACCACAAGGAUUCGAAGGAGCCUGAGGUAUUGAGAAUCAGGGGUUUUAAAUUUAACAAAGUUGAUCAGCUAGAAGCAAAAUACACCGAGCCUGGCAAGUUUACCCUCAAGCCUUGAACCUGCAUCUGCUCUUAAGAAAUUUUGGCCUCUCAUCUGUAAGUGUUGUUAUGAACUGGGUUUGGGAGUGCCUUUCUGGUAAUAACGUGUGCUCAGCAGUUAAGAGUUUUGCAGGUCUGCUUAUUGCACUUUUUUUUUUAGUUUAAUAUUUUUUGGAUGACUGGUUGCAAGUCUUUAGUAUUUUGGUUCAAAAAUUUUGCAACCCCCCCACCCCCAAAAUCUUCCUCCUCCUCCUCUGAGCAGGGAAAUUAUUCUUGCAUUUCCAGCUAAUUGUAAAAAACCCAUAAGCUCAUCUGAGUUGGACCCCCUUCUAAUUGAGCAUGUUAGUUUGCACAUGGAGAAUGGGUGAUGUAAAGAUAACCAGGGCAAAAGGCCUUGCUGAUUGUUUCCCAUCCAAUAUAUUACCAGGGACAUUUUAUGCAGCAAUAUUAUCAGUUUGAGACAAGCAA